CUCGCCCAGUUCUCCAUGUCCAUUCAGCCGGUUGAAGUGAUACGAACCGGCGAUCAACAAUAGUAGCCGAAUUUACCUCUAUCAUCUGACUUUGAAGGACGGGUUGAAUUGUUCACAUUUGAAGUUUGCAAGAUGUGCGGCAUAUGGGCCUUAUUCGGCAGCGAUGCCUGCCUCUCCGUGCAGUGCAUCGGCGCCAUGAAGAUAGCGCAUCGCGGGCCUGACGCCUUCCGCUUCGAGAACGUCAACGGCUACACCAACUGCUGCUUCGGCUUCCACCGGCUGGCCAUCGUGGACCAGCUGUACGGCAUGCAGCCGCUGCGGAUCAAGAAGUUCCCCCACCUGUGGCUCGUCUACAACGGAGAGAUCUACAACCACGAGAAGCUGAGGAAAGUGUUUGAGUUUGAGCACCAGACCAAGGUGGACGGCGAGGUGUUGCUCCACCUGUACGAGCGCUUCGGCGUCAAAGAGAUGGCCACGCUCCUGGACGGCGUGUUCGCCUUCGUGCUGCUCGACACGGCCAACAGGAAGGUCUUCAUCGGCAGAGACACCUACGGCGUCCGGCCCAUGUUCAAGCUGCUGACCGACGAUGGCUUCCUGGCUGUCUGCUCUGAGGCGAAAGGCCUGAUGGACAUCACCCACUCCAUGUCGACGCAGGUGAAGGUGGAGGCGUUCCCCCCGGGUCACUUUGAGGUCUUCAACCUGAAGCCCUCGGGCAAGGUGGAGUCUAUGCAACUGGACCGCUUCCACAGCUGUGUGGACGCACCCUGCCACGCGCUCUACGACAGCGUGGAGAAACUGCCCUCAGGUUUCCAGAUGGAGACGGUGAAGAGCAACAUCAGGAGGCUGUUUGAGAACGCCGUAAAGAAACGCCUCAUGGCACACAGGAGGAUCGGCUGCCUGCUCUCAGGUGGACUGGACUCGAGCCUGGUGGCGGCGACGCUAAUGAAGCUUGCUAAGCAGGAAGAGUUUAAGUACCCCGUGCAGACGUUUGCCAUCGGAGCAGAGGACAGCCCCGACAUCCAGGCUGCCCGCAAGGUGGCUGCAUUUAUUGGCAGUGAGCACCACGAGGUGUCCUUUACCCCCGAGGAGGGCAUCAAGGCCGUGGAGGAGGUUAUCUUCCAUCUGGAGUGCUACGACAUCACCACCAUACGCGCAUCUGUUGGCAUGUACCUGGUGUCCAAGUAUAUCCGUGAGAAGACUGACAGUGUGGUGAUCUUCUCUGGGGAGGGCUCUGAUGAACUCACGCAAGGAUACAUCUACUUUCACAAGGCCCCCACUCCCAAGGCGGGAGCUGAGGAGAGUGUUCGGCUGUUGAAGGAGCUCUACCUGUUUGAUGUGCUGAGAGCCGACCGCACCACCGCUGCACACGGACUGGAGCUGAGAGUGCCUUUCCUGGACCACCGAUUCACAGCAUACUACCUGUCCUUACCUGAGGAGAUGCGGGUACCCAAGGACGGUGUGGAGAAGUUCCUGUUGCGUGAUGCGUUUGCGGGGCAGAACCUGAUUCCUGACGACAUCCUGUGGAGACGCAAGGAGGCCUUCAGCGACGGGCUCACGUCCAUCAAGAAGUCCUGGUACAACAGCCUGCAGGAAUACAUAGAGUCCGAGGUGAAUGACAGUGACCUGGAGAUGGCUGCCAAGACAUUCCCCUUCAACCCGCCCAAGACCAAAGAGGGCUACUACUUCCGGCAGAUCUUCGAGCGCCUGUUCCCGGGCCGCUGCGAGUGGACCCCCCACUACUGGAUGCCGCGCUGGAUACAGGCCACCGACCCCUCAGCCAGAACCCUGGAGAUCUACAAACCCGACCAGGAGCAGUAGAGUUAGUAGAACCAACAGCCAAAUCAGAACCACAACCCGUUUCACCAGAAUCCUGGGGGCUAUACGAAGAAGCUGGUUCAGGAGUUAACCAGGUUGAGUAGCAUCCACCCACCCAGCAGAAUCCUGUACCAUCUAAUGUACCUCACUUGGACCAAUACAC